AUGAUUAUUAUAAACACACUUGGGUCAGCGGCGGCAGAUUCAGAGACGCCAUUUUCUGAAUCAUUAGAAUCAGAACCAUUGACGCCAGGACCUUCAAAAACAGAAAUUCUGGCGCAGAAACUUUACGGUAAUAUUGAGGUGUGCCGAAUAUGCAACUGCGCCUUAACCCAGGACAUAACCGUAGUCAAACGAAAAGGCUACCUAACCCUUCAGCGCUCGAGCGAACUCCGUCAAGACGGCAAGUUCCCGAUGGGCACAGAGCAUGAAUCGAUCGAACUCCCGCUGCAUAUAACGUGUAGAAAGAUGUACAUUAAGGAGAGCUCGAUUAGAAAGAGCAUCUGUAUGAGGGUACAGAGAGAAAUGAAUCCGAACGCACCUCCCCCCCCGCAUGAUAAAAUGUUCGACUACUUAACGCAAUGCCUGUUCUGCGGCGGCGACGCGUCCGAAACGUUCCGUCGGCAGGUCCUACAACGGCCUGUUUCGAAACGUCAGGACUACGUGAGCAGGCUUUCCCGCUCGCACGUAGGGGACAAUCUGUACCGGACCUCGCUGGAUUAUACGGACUCUGAGGUUGGAGAGUUCCGGAAGAGAAUAAAAGGUAAGGAUCUGGUCGCUCUCCGCGCCCGUUACCACAUGAGCUGCUACAGAAAGUUCAGGUUCCCGAAGAAAGGUUGCCUAGGGUCCCUAGGGUCCGGCGCCAAGCGCGGCCGACCCCCCAGAGAGGAACUGCAGGCGGAAUUUGAACCCAUCUACGACCACAUAGACAAUAAUUGGGAGGACUCCCAAUUCGACCUUUCCGACUUCAACUAUUCCGUCAACCCUAAGACUUUGGUCUACAAAAUUGAAAAUCGCUACGGUGGCGUUUUGCAAAGCAAAAAUAAUAUCGUCGUCGUACCACCCGCUCAGGAGGUUUUAAAAGAAAAAUGGCACGACGAGAUGCUUGGUGAUGAAAAAAGCGAGCGAUUGAGAAUAGUUAGAACGGCUGCUAAUAUAAUCUUGGAAGAUAUCAGAUCUAUCCUAUUUGAUACAAAAAGCUAUCCGCCUCCAUCUGCGUUCUUGGACGAAGUUAACUCCGUGAUACCGGAAACUUUGAAGACUUUUGUGGAAACUGUCGUCACGAAGUAUCAGAAGAAUCCGGAGCCUUUAGAAAGUACCGUGACGGCUUUAAGCCAUUCUAUAAUGACGGCUGCGAGGCCGAGGACUUUUAAAAGCCCUCUACUUUUAGGGAUCGGCAGUUUAAUACAUCAGAAAUAUGCCUCGAAAGAUUUAAUAGACCUGUUGUCUUCUAUAGGGUUUUGUGCUUCGUAUAAAGAUGUGCGUCAGUUGGAAGUGGCAAUGGCUUCCAAAAGUGUCUCUCAUUCCCGACCAAAGUUUACCCAGUUCGUGUUUGAUAGUGUCGAAAGUGAUAAAGGACCUAUGCUUGUGGGCGUUCAGUGUAAUACACCAAAAACUAAUGAAACACCUUUAAAAAUACAAGAGAAAAUCCCUGAUCUCAGCAAGGGUAAAUACCAAGCAACAUUGCAGAAACACCGCCCCAGAUCUAACCUUAUGAACGUUCUAAUAGAAGACCAUAGAGAUGAUACAGCGAUACUCCCAACAAGAGGUGAUGCUCUAUGGUUGUUUGGGAAGAGCGAACCGUCUCUCAACAUGCCCGGAUGGGAAAAAUUCAUAAGCAAAAUGCCAACAGAAAAAGAACACCAAGUAUCUGAAAUUUGUCCUUUACCAGUGAUAGUAUCCCCGCCGUCAAGAGACGCCAUUUACACAGCGAUUAAGGAAGCUCAGAAGAAAACGAAAGGAACAUGUUUAGUGACGUUCGAUCAACCGAUGUACCAAAUAGCCCAGAAAAUAGUUACAAAUCCGGGUAGUUUGAUGCUCGAUGUCGUUUUGAAAUUGGGGGGUUUUGAUUUGAUAAAAUCGUUUCUUGGUGUCAUUGGGUUUAUCAUGUCCGGGAGUGGACUGAAAGAGUUGUGGUGCAGUAUUUACGCUCCAGAACAUAUUGAAAAAAUGAUGACAGGAUGUGCUUUCGCUCGCGCUAUAAGAGCCCAUUUUUUGACACGCUCAGCUCUCUUCAAUAUUAUAACUAAAGAUUUCGACUUGACACCUGAAGAGAGAUUGGAAAUUGAAGGGAUUUUAGAAGGAUGCUACAUUCCAGAAUUUGAAAACCAGAAGAAUUAUCAGGAACCACUGGCGAUAACUCUGGAAUUACUGGAAAAGCGAGGCCCGACUGCCCAACUGUGGGUCCAAUACUUCCGUAUGACAACCCUGGUAGCUCAGUUCAUAGAGGCUGAAAGGUCUGCCAAUUGGGAUCUUCAUCUGUCAACAAUAAAAAAGAUGCUUCCAUAUUUCCACGCCGCUGGCUACUUUGAGUACGCAAAAUCUUGCAGCUUGUAUUUACAGGACAUGAAAGGGCUUGAAACAAAGAUGGACGGGGACGAGUUUGAGAAAUUUACUAAGAAAGGAUAUUUUGCUGUGAGGUGGACGGAUAAUUUUGAAUGGUCUGACAGAGCGGUGGAAAAGACUAUGACAUUGUUAAAGAGGCCUGGAGGAGUCACCAAUGGGACAAAGGUCACUGACGAUUUUCUAGGAAACUGGCUUUUUGCAUCUCCUGCACUGAGCAUAGUAACACAACUGGUCGAAAAUUUCUGCAAACCGUCUGAAAUUGACUCAAAUAACAAGGAUAAUCAAGACUCGGCAAAAUUGCAGAGUUGGUUUGAAGAACACAACCCCUUUGCUGAAACUGGGACUCUAGUUACCCUCAGCAUGGAUACAAUAGGGAAGGACCUUAAUUGUCACGAGGCCGAAAUGGUUGGGAAGCAAAUAAUGGAAGAAACUAUUGGUCAAAAUUAUCGAGACGUCCAUUAUGAAAGGAGUAAAUGCGUGCGUCCGCUAUCCGUCGACAAGUCUAUUCAAAUUGAGGACAUAAACGUACCUAUAGAGCCUGAUACUAUUUUGAAACGUAUUGAUGAAACAUCCGAUGAGAAGAUUAAGUCUUUCUUUGAAUAUGAGUUGGCGCCGUAUCCCAUGUCGUUGUUUGAUGACCGAGGGAUAUCCGAUGCGAAUAAGUCUUCCUUAUUCGAUCAGUUUCUUCCAGUAGAAAUAACAGAUGGGGACAACCGCUUUCAUGUAUUAGAUGGCGAAUUCCUCUUGCGCAAAGUUACUUGGAAAGAGGGCGCCACUGUAUCGAAUAUCUCCUACUCAUAUGUCGAAUAUGUGAAAAGGCAUUUCAAAAAUGCCAUUGUCAUAUUUGGUAGCAACAAAGCAUCAGACACUGCAAGACGUACCAAAGUCAAGAAAAGUCAAAUUGUGGAAUUCCAGAAAGAUACAGUAUUAACAGUUGACAAAGAUAACUUUUUAGCCAAUGAAAAGAAUAAAGACAGAUUCAUACAGUAUCUGAUAAUAGAUUUCACACGCUCCGGUAUAAGAAUCAAGUUGAAUUCCAAUGAUUUACAUUCAAAUAUCGUUGAAACGGCCAUCGACAAUGCUUCCACAUACGAGAAAACUUUUAUAGUAAGUGACAACUCCGACUUGCUACUUAAAAUGUGUAUUAUUUCAAACAAAGAUAACGUAUAUUUCAUGAAACCUUCAAGAAAUCCAACAUACUUCCACGUAGAUAGCUUCAGCAGCAACAAAAUUAAACUCGGCAUGCUCUUUUUACAUGCUGUUUCAGGCUCCGAUUCGACCUCAUCAAUUUUCCAACAAGGAAAAACACAGAUAUGCUCAGCGCUUUCCAAAAUGUACAUGAAAGACAUCAAACACCUUAUGACCACUUUCGCAGAUCCCACUUCUGAUAAAAACGCUAUAGCGGACGCAGGGAUAAACUUCAUACGACAUCUCUACGACGAUCAAAAUAAAGAUUAUGACUUAAAUAUUCUGAGAUAUAAUCGUUUUGCUAAAAGUGUCACAAGAAGUAGGUACGAUCUGGCAUGUAUACCGCCUUCAAAAAAAGCAAUAAGACAGCAUAUGUAUAGAACUUAUCAUCAGAUACAGAAAUGGCUUGGGAAUGAGUUGCCGCCUACCGAAUGGGGGUGGAAAUUAGUCGAGAAUCGAUUGGUACCGAUAACAUUUUUAGCUGAAAUCGCUCCCAAGGAGUUAUUGGAGUUGAUUAGUUGCAAAUGUGAUGGUGUGUGCUCUGUCAACUGUCUUUGCAAGGAAGUAAAUUUGGAUUGUUGCGUGCUCUGUAUACAUUGUAACGGGCAAUCCUGCCACGGAUUAGACAUGGAUUCACACUCAUCAGAAACAGGUUUUAAUGCCUUUCUAAAGUGUGAUGCUUAUGGGAAUCCUAUUGAUUCCUUGGUGAUUAGUAAAGAGGAGGAGGAUGAUGAUGAUGAAAAUGAGCCUGAGGAACCUGAGCCAACGCCGAGACCGAAACGGGCAAAGAGAGAGACAAAUGGUGAAGAAACGAGACAACAGGACCUCGAACAAGUGUAUAUUGUCGAGGAAACAGAUAGCUAGUAGUAAUAACAGUAAGUAUAUUAAGAUAUAGGUACUA